CAAACAAGAAGAUACUGAGGAACAAACAGACCUAAUGGCACUGAACGAAGACAAGAAAGUACUGAAUGAAACUGAAGAGAACGAUCACGAUUUCAGAACUGGAGAAAAAUCUCUUUGCUGCUCACAGUCUGAAAAGACUUCCACACCAGAAGAAGCUCAAAAGACAGUAAAUACAAGUAAUUUCACUUGCGUUGAGUGUGGAAAGGGUUUCCGAUUUAAAGGAAGCCUUAAAAGGCACAUGAUGAUUCACACUGGAGAGAAGCCUUUCACGUGCCUUCAGUGUGGAAAGAGGUUCAGUAUACAGCAAAACCUUACUUACCACCUGAGAGUACACACUGGAGAGAGACCUUUCACCUGCAAACAGUGUGGAUCGAGUUUCAUUCAAAAAGUAUGCCUUAACAGGCACAUGAGAGUUCACACCGGAGAAAAACCAUUCGCAUGCCAACAGUGUGGAGAGCGUUUCACUCAACCUGGAAACCUUAAAAUCCACAUGAGACUUCACACCGGAGAGAAACCUUACACAUGUCCUCAGUGUGGAAAGAGCUUUGAGCAAAAUGGAAACCUCACAGUCCACAUCAGAAUUCACACUGGAGAAAAGCCUUACACAUGCUCUCAGUGUGGCAAGAGUUUCGCUCAAAAAGGAGUUUGUAACCGGCACAUGAGUUCACACUGGAGAGAAUCCAUUCACAAGCUCUCACUGUGGAAAGUGUAUUGAUCAACAUGGAAACCUUAGCGUCCGCAUGAAAACUCACACUGGAGAAAACCGAUAAUUCACACGCCUGCCAACAGUGCAGAAAACGUUUCAAGCAAGAAGCAAACCUUAAAGAAACCACGUGAAGAUUGACUCAAGAGGGAAUGGUUUUAAAUGUCAGCAGUGAGAAUUUUACAGACGGGGAACAGCUGGGAAUAAUGCAGAGAGAAGGCUUCUAAAAACAAAGCAAAUCUUGAGUUUUACAAAAAUAAGCUGGAUUAGAGGUGGGCGAUCUUCGCAAAAUAUCAUUUGAUUUUAUCACACAAAAUCACGAUCUUCCCAAUUUUGAUACGUACUAUCGAGAAUAUCCAAGCCUAUGAUUUAUCUGUUUGAACAAUUUAAAAUAUUAUUGCAUUAAACAA